UGUUUGUUUUUCUUCUCACACAUUCAUGAGUUAAUUGUGUCUGUUAACUGUUAACUGUUUUCGUGAUUUCCAAAUUGAUUAAUUCCCCUUUUAAUUAGUGUAUUUCUUACAGCCUAUCAACAUGCCUCUUUUCAUCAAUGGAGUAGUUAUGGAUAAAUUUUAUUCGGACACUCAGUCUCUAUUUGAUGCUCAUCCAUCUCUCAAAGAAUACUCUCGACGAUUGUUACCUCAGCCUCACAAAAGCGUUAGUCCUGUUGGAUCUUUACACGUUAUUCAAAGAGAAUUCGCUGUCGUUUCUCCAAAUGAUUUAAACAUAAGUAUCGUUGGAACCACCGAAGCGACAACUUGUAGCAUUGUUGUACUUCGACAUUCGGGUAGUGGUGUUGUUGCUUUAGGCCAUUUCGAUGGUUCAGGUAAAGAAAAAGGAAUCAAAGAGAUGAUUUGUAAAGUUGAGGAAUAUUCUGCUACUACUGCUGGUGAAUUUGAACUACAUAUGAUUGGUGGAUUCAAAGACUCUAAAUGUUACUCAACUGAGCUUUGCCUCGAAAUUUUGUAUUGUUUUCAACGUCAACCAGUGAAUAUCCACUUGAUCACUGCAUGUGUUUGUGAAUUGAAUAAUUUUGUUCGAAAUGAUAUAAAUCUUCCCGUUAUUCAUGGCGCUGCUGUGAACGUUAAAACUGGUGAACUCUAUCCAGCCAUUUUUGCUGAUAAAGGUCCUGAUGUUCCGCUUAGAUCUAGUCGGUUGUUUUCUCCUGGAUCUCCAGAUAUGUUGAUGAUCUAUGAAACCUACGGGGAAUAUGGUGGCCUAAUGAGAAUUGGUCCUUUCAAUUAUGAACCGGUUCGAUGUAUUGAUGAUUGGAUGGAGCUUGGAGAUGAUAUUAUUCUUAAGUAUCUUUCAACUUCCCCUGAAGCUGAAGGUCCAGACUAUGUGGCCGAUGUACGAAGAGCUCUCGCGUUUAUCCAGAAGCACCCAUUUCCCUUUUUGACCGUUUUCAUCAAAUGUCAGCCUCGUUUUUACCGAAAAAACGAAUACGGCCAAUGGUUAUCAUUUCAGUGAACCAAAGCGUUCAAACAAAAGUGAACCAAUGUCAGGCUCUUCAUUAUUUUCUCAUCUUCUUCAAUAUUUUUAAUUCAACAUCGAAAUUGGUAAAUUAACCUCAAAAAGUGACGAUCAUCGUUCUUUUCGCACACGUUAAUUAUUUCACUUCACUUUCAUUUUUAAAUUAACCAUGAAACAAAAACUCGAAACUCGUACACCGAAUUGUGCCAUGACCAUACGAUUUCAUCUUCGGAUGAAAUGGACAAGCUGAAAAAUUCAACAAAAAGAAAACUCAAUCGCAAUUAAUCUGCUAAUAAUCAUUUUUUUUUCUUUAUCAUCAACAAUCAAAUCAAACAUAAUACUCGUAAUUAUAUUUACGCUGCUUUUAAGUUUCAUUAGGAAAUUUGAAUUUACUUUUUUGCUUUUUGAUAUAAUCAAAUCAGCCCAAUGAUCAAUUUUAAUUUUCCUCAUGUUUUUGCUUAAUUUUAAUCAUUUCUAUAUGUGCAUUGCCAUCUAAUCGCAAUCUCAAUCAAAAACAAUCACCUUAAUUUGUGUGCCUUGAAGCUGCCUGACUAAUUGCCUUUUUAUCAUAUGCAAUAUUUCAUAUGCUUUCUGUGUGUAAUUAAUGAAUUUAUUUCCCUAACGAUGUAAUCAUCUUAAUCAUAAGUAACAAUCAAAAAAAGACAAUAUCAACAACUAGUUUGAUAAUAAAAAAAUUUCAAUUGAAA